UCUGACGGUCCCACGUGUGAAACAGGAGCAACUUUGCGUCGCAUGUGCUUUAACUGUGCGCCAUGAAUUUACAUGAGUAAACAGCUCAAAGUCUGGAUAAUUCUCCAAAAUGUUGUUUGCAAAAGAAGUGCCAUGGCGGCGCUUGGAGGGCAUGUCGUUUGGCAUGUAUUCUGCCGAGGAGAUAAGAAAGUUGAGCGUGAAGGCGAUCACUAACUUCAGGUUCCUCGAUGCUGUUGGGAAUGUGGCCCCGAACAGCCUGUACGAUCUGGCCCUGGGACCAGCAGACAGCAAAGAGGUGUGUUCGACCUGCUGUCAGGACUUCAACAACUGUCCAGGACACCUGGGACAUGUAGACCUACCUUUACCUGUAUACAACCCACUGUUCUUUGAUAAACUCUACCUGUUGAUUCGUGGUUCCUGUCUGGCGUGUCAGAUGUUAACGUGUCCUCGAGCUGCCAUCCACCUGCUGCUGAACCAGCUGAAGUUAGUGGAGCAUGGAGCCAUGCAGGAGGUCUACCAAGUCGAACAAAUUAUCAACCAGCACCUGGAGGAGAAUCCCAAAGCCACUGGAGAUGAGAUUCAGCAGGUGCUUAAGACGUUUACAGACACGAUACUCGGAGCCAGCACUGAAGGGUCAAAGAACACCAAACCGAUUAAACAUCUUGUUGAAAAAAAGAGCAGUCUGAUAAAUGACUUCUGGAAGACCCACAUGAAAACUAGGAAGUGUCCUUACUGCGGGAGUGGAAGGUCUACGGUGCGCCGUGAACACAACAGUAAGCUGAUUGUCACAAUGCCAUCAGGAGUAAAGACCAGUGGUGAUACUGAUGAGAAUCUGAUGGCUGGAAAGAGAGUCUACAUGACGGCCAGUACUGCUAGAGAACACACCAACAAACUGUGGGAGAAAGAAGGUUUCUUCUUGAAGUGUCUGUUCUCUGGGCUGGAGGAGGGGACGGCCACAAAGGAAGGAGAGAAGGCUUUCUAUCCAGACCUCUUCUUCCUGGAGCUACUGGUGGUCCCACCUUGCAGGUAUCGUCCCAUCAAUCGACUGGGUGACCAGAUGUUUACAAACGGCCAGACAGUCAACAUGCAGGCUGUCAUGAAGGACUGUGUAAUCAUAAGGAAACUUCUGGCUCUCAUAGCAGGGGAGAAAACUGCUCAGGAGGAAGAGGCUCCUGAACAGGCGGACCAGUCGUUUCUGUCGGGGAUCCCCGGACAGACAUUAACAGAUAAACUCUACAACAUCUGGGUGCGACUACAGACCCACGUUAACAUCGUCUUUGACAGUGACAUGGACAAAAUGAUGACAGAGAAAUACCCAGGAAUCAGACAGAUCUUGGAGAAGAAGGACGGAUUGUUCCGGAAACACAUGAUGGGAAAACGAGUGGACUACGCUGCACGAUCUGUCAUCUGUCCAGACAUGUACAUAGGGACCAACGAGAUAGGAAUACCUAUGGUGUUUGCCACCAAGCUGACCUACCCCCAGCCCGUGACUCCAUGGAACGUCAAGGAGCUUCGUCAGGCCGUUCUCAAUGGACCCAACGUCCACCCCGGUGCCUCCAUGGUGAUAAACGAAGACGGCAGGAGAACCAUCCUAUCACCUACCAACCUCGCCCAGAGAGAAGCUGUUGCCAAGCAACUGCUUACACCCAGUCCUGGUCCACAGAAGAUGCCCAUGAAGAUCGUGAAUCGUCACAUCAAGAACGGAGACGUUUUGUUACUGAACAGACAGCCGACUCUGCACAGACCCUCCAUACAGGCCCACUGCGCACGGAUCUUACCAGGAGAGAAGGUACUGAGGCUCCACUAUGCCAACUGCAAGGCGUACAAUGCUGACUUUGAUGGAGACGAAAUGAACGCGCACUUCCCUCAAAGUGAGCUGAGCAGAGCAGAGGCCUACACGUUAGUCAGCACUGACCAGCAGUACCUCGUCCCCAAGGACGGUAAACCUUUAGCAGGUCUGAUCCAGGACCACAUGGUGUCGGGUACGAGGAUGACGAUACGGGGCUGUUUCUUCAACAGAGUCCAGUACACAGAGUUGGUGUACAGAGGACUGACUGACAAACCGGGGAGAGUUAAACUGCUGCCGCCGGCCAUACUCAAGCCACAGGAACUGUGGACAGGAAAGCAGGUGGUGUCGACACUCCUGCUGAAUGUUAUCCCACAGAAGGCCGUGCCUCUCAACCUGGUGGGCAAAUCGAAAAUCCCCAGCAAAGCGUGGAUCCAAGUCCCACCACGGGCUGCUCCAGGAUACAAACCUGACAGCAUGUGUGACUCACAGGUGGUGAUUCGUCAGGGGGAGCUGUUGGUGGGGGUUCUGGACAAAGCUCACUACGGCUCCUCAGCCUACGGUCUGGUCCACUGCUGCUAUGAGCUGUACGGAGGGGAGACCAGUGGCAAACUGCUCAGCUGUCUGGCUCGACUCUUCACUGCUUACCUGCAGCUGUACAGAGGCUUUACUCUAGGUGUGGAAGAUAUCCUGGUGAAACCGGGCGCCAACAGGCAGAGGAAGAAGAUCAUUGAAGAAUCACUGAAGAUUGGCACCAAAACCACUUUUGCUGAAAACAGCAGCCUUCUGCGGCUAAAAAUGAAACUGAGAGCACUGAGAGUGAAUCGAAGCAGCAAAGUUGUGGGCCAGACAGCUAAACAAUGAGCUAAAACUCUAUAAAGCUCUGUAAAGCCGAGGGGAGCUGCAGACUCGGGUGAUAACUUUCUGCCCUCCAGGCAGCCUUCAACCUUCCCUCCAAUGUGGAUCAAGCUGAGGCUCAGAGCCGCUGGCAGGACGCUCACCUCAACCCAGACCAGAGAGAGUUCAGCAUGGCCGACCACAAGUUCAAAGAAGUGGCCAACCAAGUGA